GAAGAACUCAAAUCAAACUUCGGCUGAUCGGCCGAGAAAUAUUUUUUCACAACAAAAAUUUAUCAUUUCACAAGAAAUAAAUAAAAUAUUUUCCAAAUUUUCAUCAUUAAGUACAAAAUUUAUUUCGUAAUUUAACCCCAAAAUGGAUCACGUCUUCCCAGCCGAUGAGGAACUAAUUUAUCCAGAAGAAAUUAAACUGGAAUAUAAAAGCAUAAACGACUUAUCCGACCUUAUUGAAGAGAUGAAAUUCCUGGAGGAUACUUUUCUCUCGGCGGAAGUUAAACUGGGGACAAUUACGGCCAGGUGGCAAACCUGCUUUGAAGACGAUAUCUUACACAACUUCAAUCUCGUUGGGGACUGGUUACAAUCAAUUAAAUCAUGUUUGGACGAAUUAACGCAGAAAUUCAGUACAAAUUUGGAAGAAGAAUACUUCCAUGACCCAUUAAAAAUCCAGCCAAUUGGAGAAACUGUUAUCGAAGAGGAAGAUCAAGAUAACCACAGUAAACAGGAUAAGAUAAAAAGACUUAGAAGGACGAGACCGUCCCGUAAUGUGACAUCUCAUGAAACCGAUUCCGACCAGGAACCCUCCUCCCCCAGAAGUAUUUCCCCCCUGCAUGAACCAGAUUCCAAUUGGACACCUGCUCAAGAAGAUACACCAAACCCAAGAAGUCGUCCUUCCAAAAAACGGCCUACAAAAGUUCCCAAAAUAUCAAAAAUACCCAAAGUUUCCAAAACAUCCCCCCAAACAAACCCCACUUCCAUCCCACCCACCCGAAAAAAAUACCGGACAAAAGGCUCACCCCCACUUCCGGCCAAGUUAGAAUGUCACAUUUGCCACAAAAUCGUCUCUCGUGGUGUAUUAACCUCUCACAUCAAACGAGUCCAUGAACCCCACCUCCUAAAAUUCCCCUGCCCCACGUGCUCGUCACGUUUCCCAACUCAAUAUCUACUCACAGUCCACACCCAAAUCCACUCAGCCAUCAAACCCUUCACCUGCACCGUCUGCGGAUGGUCCUUCCACCGCGCCCACAACUUGGCCGCGCACAUGAAAAAACAUUCGGAAGAGCGCCCUCUCAAGUGCGACCAGUGCGACGCCACCUUCAAAUACGUCCAAUCCUUCAAGAUGCACGUGGACGCGAAACAUUCCUCUGGGAAAAAGAAUCAGUGCGCCGAGUGCGGAAAAUUGUUCGCGACGACCACCAAAAUGAAACAGCAUAGCGAACAAGUUCACCAGAGUUUGAGGCGAUUUGAAUGUUCCCGCUGCGACAAAGUUUUCAAAAGGGGGCAACAUUUGAGAUAUCAUGAAAAAACGCAUGAUAAUCCCAACACGAAGAAUAGGGGAUUAAAUAAAGAAAAGCCGUGAUUUUUACACGGAAUUAACUUACAUGAGUUUCAACUUUGUAAGAUUUGUUGUUUAGGAGAGUAAAUUGUUUAGUUAGCAAUAAAAAAAAGAUUCGCAAAAUUAUUUGAUUUGAAAACUAAUUCACC